UCCCUCCUCUUCCUCAGUUAGCCCCUCAAAAGCCCAAGGAUGUACACCCAAUUUCACACCUCCACUCUCCUUCCUACACUCCCACUAACUCAUUCUCCUCCACUGUCGCGCCGUACCAUCCUCCUAUACUCUCAUCGCCUGCCACCCCUUCACCGUCGACGACCCACUUCCCUUCGUUUCCCACUUAGAAUUUCCAGUUGUAUCAAUUCUACUGGUACUAUCAGCAGUUCUUUAAGUACUGACGAAGAAGAGGAGAGACCCAGUAAUAAUAAGAGAGUGAAAGCCUACCCAUUUCAUGAAAUAGAGCCCAAGUGGCAGCGAUAUUGGGAGGAGCACAAAACUUUUAGAACCCCACAUGAUGAUCUUGACACUACCAAGCCUAAGUACUAUGUUCUUGACAUGUUCCCUUAUCCAAGCGGAGCUGGUUUACAUGUUGGCCAUCCUCUUGGAUACACUGCCACGGAUAUCCUUGCUAGGUUUAAGCGAAUGCAGGGGUUCAAUGUUUUGCAUCCAAUGGGAUGGGAUGCUUUUGGUUUACCCGCAGAACAAUAUGCAAUCCAGACUGGAACACACCCAAAAAUCACGACAUUAAGAAAUAUUGAGCACUUUCGUUCCCAGCUUAGGUCAUUAGGUUUCUCAUAUGAUUGGGACCGUGAGAUUUCUACAACAGAACCGGACUACUAUAAAUGGACACAAUGGAUAUUUUUGCAACUUUUGAAAAGAGGAUUGGCAUAUCAGGCUGAAGUUCCCGUAAACUGGUGUCCUGCACUUGGUACUGUAUUGGCUAAUGAAGAAGUGGUGGAUGGUGUGAGUGAACGAGGGGGUCAUCCAGUUAUUAGAAAGCCUAUGCGGCAAUGGAUGCUGAGGAUUACUGCAUAUGCUGACAGUCUUCUUGAAGAUCUAAAUGAUCUUGACUGGCCUGAAAGCAUUAAGGAAAUGCAAAGGAACUGGAUAGGGAGGUCAGAAGGUGCAGAAGUGGAAUUUCAUGUGAUGGACACGGAUGGGCAGCAAACAGAUAUAAAAAUUGUAGUUUACACGACCAGACCUGAUACCAUUUUUGGGGCAACCUAUUUAGUCCUGGCACCUGAGCAUAUCUUAUUGUCAUCAAUGGUAUCUGAGGCCCAAAGCAAACACGUGGAAGAAUAUAAAGAACUUGCUGCUAGAAAGAGUGAUCUUGAAAGGACAGAACUUCAAAAGGAAAAAACAGGGGUGUUUACUGGUUGUUAUGCAAGAAAUCCAGCUACUGGAGAGGCUAUUCCAAUUUGGAUUGCUGAUUAUGUUUUAGGAAGCUAUGGGACUGGAGCAAUAAUGGCUGUACCUGCUCAUGACAUGCGGGACCAUGAAUUUGCUUCAAAGUAUAACCUUCCAAUUUGUGGAGUUGUGAUGCCAAAUGAUCAGAAUAUUAGCAGUUUUGACAAAGCAUAUUCUGGUGAUGGUACUGUGAUAAAUUCAUCAAAUUUGACCACAGGGCUUGACAUCAAUGGCUUGUCAAACAAAGAAGCUGCUUCUGAAGUUACCAAGUGGCUUGAGAAAAGUGGGAACGGAAAGAGAAAGGUUAAUUACAAGUUGAGGGACUGGCUUUUUGCCCGACAACGUUAUUGGGGGGAGCCUAUUCCAGUUAUCUUUUUGGGUGAAACUGGUGAAACUGUUCCUCUUCCUGAGACAGAGCUGCCUAUUACCCUUCCAGAGUUGGAUGAUUUUACUCCAACUGGUUCAGGUGAACCACCGCUGUCAAAAGCAGCAUCUUGGGUUAAAACUUUUGAUCCUUUGUCAGGGAAACCUGCUGAACGUGAGACAAACACUAUGCCACAAUGGGCUGGUUCAUGCUGGUACUACCUGAGAUUUAUGGAUCCUAAAAAUUCCAAAAUGCUGGUAGAUAAAGCAAAAGAAGUAUAUUGGAGCCCAGUUGAUGUUUAUGUUGGUGGUGCUGAGCAUGCAGUUCUUCACUUACUCUAUGCCCGUUUCUGGCACAAGGUUCUUUAUGACAUUGGAGUAGUGUCAAAGAAGGAACCCUUCCAAUGUGUCAUAAAUCAGGGCAUCAUCCUUGGAGAAGUUGAAUAUAUUGCAUACAGAGAUCCAGAUGGGAACUUGAUAUCUGCAGAUAUUGUUGAUGAGUUGACUGAGCUUAGUCAAGAAAGAGUCCCUGAGGAUGAGGUUAGAAAAUCUGGCGACUCUUAUGUUCUUAAAGACAAUCCGACUAUUCGGUUAAUUGCACGAGCUCACAAGAUGAGUAAAAGUAGGGGAAAUGUCAUAAAUCCUGAUGAUGUUGUUUCUGAGUAUGGUGCAGAUUCUCUUCGGUUGUAUGAAAUGUUUAUGGGCCCAUUACGUGACUCUAAACCAUGGAAUACUAGUGGUAUUGAAGGGGUCCAUCGUUUUUUGGCAAGAGCUUGGAGAUUAAUUGUUGGUUCACCAUCACCCAGUGGUGAAUUUAAAGAUGGAACAGUAGCACUUGAUGAGGAACCUUCUACAGACCAACUUCGAUCUCUUCAUAAAUGCAUUGAUAAGGUAACAGAAGAAAUUGAAGCAACACGGUUCAACACAGGAAUUUCUGCAAUGAUGGAGUUCAUUAAUGCUGCAUAUAAGUGGAAGAAACUUCCAAGAUCAACUGCUGAAGCAUUUGUUUUGCUGCUUUCGCCAUAUGCACCUCACAUGGCCGAGGAGCUGUGGUCUCGUCUGGGUCAUUCAAAUUCCCUUGCCCAUGAGCCUUUUCCCAAGGCCAACCCUGAGUACUUGAAAGAAUCCACUCUUGUCCUACCUGUCCAGAUCAAUGGGAAAACAAGGGGUACAAUAGAGGUUGAAAAAGAAUGUUCAGAGGAGGAUGCUUUUAGGUUAGCUUCUCAAGAUUCAAGACUGUCCAAGUUCUUGGACGGGCAAAAAGUUAAGAAGAGAAUAUAUGUUCCUGGAAAAAUUUUGAAUGUUAUCUUAGAUGCUAAAAAGGUGAAGGUUGGGCAAAGGUAGUCUCUUCGCCUUCAUUUCGAGUGCACACAUGGAGCUAAGCUGCCUCGGGAAUGGAACCUCAUACUUCUCAAUUAUCCUUGUGCGAUGUCUCACUGGAUCAAAUGUGAAGGAGUCACGGUGCUUGUGAAAGUGAAACCUCCAGCAGCGCCAGCAGCGCCAGCACAAUGCCUGGUGGUAGAUGUAUAGUAGGAAAAGAAAUGCUGCAGAUUUUGCAUCCUGUAGCUUUUUCUGCUGGAAACAGCAGAUUAGUGGAGUUUCCUAUCAAUAUUUACAUGCGUAGCUAUUUGUAGCUUUAGGUUGGUUUGUUGUAAAUCAGUCCAUGUAUUAAUUAAUCAGUGCAAUUUUGAUAAUAAUGGUCAAAUAAAUAAAGCUAUUCUUUUGUCGA